AUGCUUCUCCGCUCCUUACCCCGUGCUGCUCGUGCCUCAGCAGGCACCUCGAAGGCGUGCACACGAAACUUCCAGUCGUCAGCACGAUCUUUGGCCCCGACCUUCGCUGCCGCUCAACAGCCACCCAUGACCAGCCAGUCGCAGGUCCGAUCCGCCCACGCCAUCUCCAACCCCACACUUGCCGGAAUCGAGAAGAGAUGGGAAGGAAUGCCUCCACAAGAACAAGCAGAGCUCUGGAUGCAAUUGAGGGACAGAAUGAAGGUUGACUGGCACGAAAUGACUUUGCAGGAGAAGAAAGCUGCUUGGUGGAUUGCGUUUGGGCCCCACGGACCGCGCGCAGCAACGCCGCCGGGCGAAUGGACGAAAGUUUGGCUCUAUACAGCAGCCGGUGUCGGCAUAUCCGCCGUUCUUUUCUUUGUCCUGCACUCGUUCGCCCGGCCACCCCCUCGUACCAUGACCAAGGAGUGGCAAGAAGCUACCAAUGAAUAUCUUAAGUCCGAGAAGAGCAAUCCUAUCUACGGUAUCAGCAGCGAGGGAUACAGCGGCAAAGGCCACGUUCAGAGCAAGUCGGCCAAGGCUCAAGGUAUCAAACUGGAGUCGGAUGAGUAG